AUGAGUAACAAUGAAUCUCUAAAGACAAAAGCCGCAUGGGACAUGGAGACUACUAAACAAUUUAUCCAAGCAUGUUUAGAUCAAGUUGCUAAACAGCAACGGAAUGGAACCACUCUUACAAAAAAAGGUUGGAAGGAUGCUUUGUCUCAAUUUAAUGAAAAAACUGGAAAACAAUAUGAUAAGAUUCAAUUAAAAAAUAAGUGGGACAAUCUUAAGAAGGAAUGGUCAGCAUGGUACAAGCUUUUUGGCAAAGAAACGGGUUUAGGAUGGGAUUAUACUAAACAUACCGUUGAUGCACCGAAUGAAUGGUGGGAGAGAAAACAAUUGGAAAAUCCCUUAUAUGGAAAAUUCAGAAAUAAAGGACUUCCUUUUAAAGAUGAGUUAACUAUAUUAUUUAAAGAUGUUAUGGCCGAUGGCAAAUUUGCUUGGGCUCCCUCAUCUGGGAUGUUACCUAGUGGCAUAGAAGAGUAUGGUGAUGGAUAUCGACCAUACUUUGAGGAAGGUCAUGUUGAUAUAGAAGAAGGUUCCGGAGAUAGUGAAGAAGGUAUAGGUGCUAGUGUGGGAGUUAAUUCUGAAUUUCAACACAUAAAUCUUAGCUCAUCUCAAGAAAAUAAUAGUCAAAAGAGUACGGUAAAAAGAAAGAGAGAUGUGGUUUGUGAAACAACAAAACAGAAGAAAAAUUUUAAAGUCCCUGCCUCAAAGCAAAUUGCGGAUGCAAUAAGUAGAAUUGCCUCUGCAUCUGAAUCACGCUCAACUAUUGUGUCCACAUUUCUAGUACCCGGUGCAUCUAUUGGGGAAGUAAUGGCUGAGAUUCAAAAGAUGGAAAUGAUUACUAGUGAUCCCGAUUUUCAUAGUCGUUGUUGUCAACUAAUGAUGUUUAAGCCUGCUAGAGAAAUGUUUGUAUCCUUAAAAGGAUAUGAGCAAAGAUUGUUGGAUUGGCUCAAACAUGCAGCAUAUAAUCCACUACCAUUCAUGCAAAAUUAA